ACCCCUUUCCACUUCUUCAUCCAAUUACCACCAUCUCUGCUUAUCCUCUGUUUCCAACCACUAAAAAGACCCAAAUCUCCCUGCUUCUCCCCUGUUCACGACCAAAAAUGCCUUGUAAUUCCAACACUUCCCAAAUCUCAAAACCCCCCCAUUUGGAAUCUCCGGCACCCCAACCAAACUCCCCAUUCCCUUGGGCCCAUCCCGACAACCAGAAUACUGAUUGUCGGGACAACAACACGAGAGAGUCGAAGCCCCAAGGGUGCUGGGAUUUCCUGCAAAAUGCCACAAACACUACCUCACAUGGCUUCAUGCAGACAGCCACAAAGCCAUCAGCAUUCUUACUAAGCACUAAAGGCUUGGAAAUGUGCACAGAGAUACUGGGGAGUGAAAGUGGAAGCAGCAUUGAUCCAAGUCUCGACAUAUGCUCGCAGCAUUCGAGCAAGAUCAAGCCCCGGAAAACCAAACACACCACCAGUUUUCCGCCACCACUCACCUCCAUCGCCAGUGGCUAUGGUGUUAAAGUGCAGGCCCACCGCGGAGGCGGCCGGCUACUCAUCUCUGUCGUCGCCUCCUCUUCAUCCGCCUGCAGGAUUUUUCUAAAGUCGGAGCGCGAACAUGGGAGGCUCAGGGUGUUUCUGCACAAGGAUUAUUACUACAGGCGUAGUGACCAUCAAUUGCCUGAAAACAUCAAAGAAAAUGGAAGGAAACUUAGGCGCAAUUUUAAAUGUGGAGAUGAAAGUGGCAACAAAAACCUAACUAGUUUGCCACUUUGUGUCGCUUUUACCUGAAAACCUAUGCUUAGAUUUUAUUUUAGUUUCUGUUGUUAGAAGUGUAAAAUAUUGGUAUGGACAGUAAAUAUGACUCCCAAUUUUGUUUUCAAAUAUUUGUCUUC